UCUGCUGGGUGGUACUUUGCACGUAGGACCAACCAUUGACCACAGGUUCGGUUCUUCAAGCUCUUUGCUUGCACAACACGUAGGGCUCAUUCUAGGUGGAAGCAGGGAGAGAUGGGCAGGCUCUUUCAGGACCUUCUACGUGAGGAUUAUUGGAGGGAAGCACAGAGGAAACCCAUGGAGAUUCAGCCACGAAAAGAUUCACCAUAGAUCAUACGCAUCAUGAGCUAUGAGACCAUGUUUUAUGACUGGCCAGCCCUAGCACCCAGCUACCCAGUGCUGCAGAUUGGAAACCGCAGGGCAUCAGGGUUGGAAGACUGGGUUGUUCAGUUCUUGCUUUGCCACUUACAGGCUUGUCCUCAAUAGGUGUGUUUCCUUUUGUGUUACGUGGAGAUAAUCCAUCCAUGACUGUUGUGAAGAUUGCACGCCUGAUCAGCUACACGCUGUGGAUACAGCUUUUAAAUGUCCACUCUCAGGCCCUCAGGAAGCAGUGCCGCUCGCGCCCACCAGGGGGCAGCAGGUGGCAGCCUAGCAGCCAGUCGCGGUCUACGUCAGGACAAGCGCCCAGGCGCGUGACAGUGACCUAGGGCGACGGGGAGGCGGUGUCCAGCCCAACUGGCUGGCGACGCGGCGGGAGUACCCAGGGCGGUGCGAUGGGUGCCGAGGCCUCGGAGAGCGGACCGGCGCUGCGGGAGCUCGUACGCGAGGCCGAGACCAGCUUGCUGGAGUGCAAGGUGUGCUUUGAGAGGUUCGGGCACCGCCAGCAGCGGCGCCCCCGCAACCUGCCCUGCGGCCACGUGGUCUGCCUGGCUUGCGUGGCCGCCUUGGCGCACCCGCGGACGCUGGCCCUCGAGUGCCCGUUCUGCCGCAGGGCCUGCCGCGGCUGCGACACCAGCGACUGCCUGCCAGUGUUGCACCUCCUGGAGCUCCUGGGCUCCGCGCUUCGCCCAGCCCGGGCUGUCCACCGCUCCGCCCCCUGCGGCUCCGGGACCCUCAUCUGCCACCACGCCUUCGGCGGCUGGGGAACCCUGGUCAACCCCACUGGUCUGGCGCUGUGUCCCAAGACGGGGCGGGUAGUGGUGGUGCACGAUGGCAAGAGGCGGGUCAAGAUCUUUGAUUCUGGGGGAGGAUGUGCUCAUCAGUUUGGAGAGAAGGGGGACGCUGCCCAGGACAUUAGGUACCCACUUGAUGUCACCGUCACCAACGACUGCCAUGUGGUUGUCACUGACGCCGGCGACCGAUCCAUCAAAGUGUUUGAUUUUCUUGGCCAGAUCAAGCUUAUCAUUGGAGACCAGUUCUCCUUGCCUUGGGGUGUGGAGACCACCCCUCAGAAUGGGAUUGUAGUAACUGAUGCGGAGGCAGGGUCCUUGCACCUUCUGGAACUGGACUUUCUGGAAGGGGUCCUCCGGAGAACCGAAAGGUUGCAAACGCAUCUAUGCAGUCCCCGAGGAGUGGCCGUGUCUUGGCUCACCGGGGCCAUUGCGGUCCUAGAGUGCCCCCUGGCCCCGGGGACUGGGGCCUGCAGUACGACGGUGAAGGUGUUCAGCGCAAGCAUGCAACUCAUCGGCCAGGUGGAUACCUUUGGGCUGAGCCUCUUCUUCCCCUCCAAAAUCACUGCUUCCGCUGUGACCUUCGAUCACCAGGGGAAUGUGAUUGUCUCUGAUACUUCCAGUCAGGCUGUCCUAUGCUUAGGGAAACCUGAGGAGUUUCCAGUAUUGAAACCCAUCAUCACCCAUGGUCUUGCCCAUCCUGUGGCACUGACCUUCACCAAGGAGAAUUCUCUUCUUGUGCUGGACAGUGCAGCCCAUUCUGUAAAAGUCUAUAAGGUUGACUGGGGGUAAUGAGAGUGGUGCGGGUCCUCGCGCUUAGAAUGAGAACCCCUGGAGCUGCCACUAAUGAAUUGUUUAAUUGGAUAAAUUACUUAAUCUCAUCUACCCAAUGGGGAUCAUUAUAAUUGCCUGGCAAACUUUCAAAGGUUGGCAAUUAUUAAAGAAUAAUAAUGAAAUCUACCAUUUAUUGAGUAUGUACUCCCUGUGCUAAGAAAUUGGCAAAUAUUAGCUCAUUUAAUCCUUAACAGAUAACUAAUGAGGUAAUUUCUAUUAUUAACCCCGUUUUUGAGAUGAGAAAACAGACCCAGAGAACUGAAGUGACUUACCCAAGGUCACACUGACAAUCACAACUGGAAUUCAAUCUGACUCGAGAACCCCUUGCUCUUAAAUAAGAUGUGGGAAAAAAAUAUGUGAAUGUAUGUUAUUGUAAAUGUACACUAUUUAUGAGGAGCCAUUUAUUUUAGUUGGAUGCACAGAGAAAGUAGACUUUACAGAGAGUUCAAAAGAAAAAGGGUUUUGUGGUGGACAUCAGUUUAGUUCAACUUGCAACUUCUCUGAUGGCACAUUGGAUGGAGUUACUAUGGAUUCUGAGUUACUUGAAUAAGAAACAGUUGAACUGCUUAUUCAGAAGGUAAAUAUGUCUUUUAGUACCUGUAUCUCCCCUACUGUAGGCACUCAGGAAAUAGUACAGUACUUGGUUGGUUAAGGCCUGUGUUGGUGUAAGUUCUAAACUGCAGAACACACUACAUUUAUACUAGUAUUAAAGGGCUAGAUGAUAGUCCUGUUACUUGUUUAUGUUGAUACAGAGGUAAGUCACCACAAUCGGUUCAUGGUAAAAAUGAUUUUGCCAGUCUUUUUAUAAUCAGUGGUAAGCUGAAGUACUUUUGUGAUGGGGUUUUUCUCUGUGCAAUUUAAAUUUCUCCUAUGUGUUGCAAACACUGUGUACUCAAUAAAUACUUCCCUUGAUCCUAAGUCAGCACUUAGGCCAUGGGUAAACACUGAAA